AUGUCGCAAUCCCGCGACGACCAGCGCGAGGCCAACCGCAAGGCUGCGCAUAAGUGUUGCAUGAAGAAGAGCGAAGAAGAUACCCAGCUCCAGAGCACCUUCGAGAGCCUUGCGAAGCAGCAACGCGAUCUGGAUGCCGAAUAUCGGUGUCUGCAGAACUUCUGUCUUGGGCGGAAAUUGGAGAUCCUGAGGGCAUGCGAAUUCUUCGAUCAAUUGCUAUUCUCUCCGAUCACGACCCCAGCAUCCUGGCCUGGCCAUCAGCAGGUCAUCUGCCGAGCGAAUGUCGGCACGCACGCUGCGAUUCUUUGCGUUCGUCUUAGUUUCAACCCAGCUCUUAGCAACUAUCCCCACGAGCGCGACACCAAGCUGCCUGCGUUGUUGAUAAUAUAUGCUGCUAUAAGCCAUCGCUCGUCAUCAUGCAACGCUAGCUCAACCUGUGGACUCCGGGAGCCGCUACACCAUGUGCGACUAUUCGACGCGGCGGUGCGUGAGCUCUAUUUCCCAACACAGCUCGCGAGUUCUGUAUGCAAUUGCGUUGUCCAUCCUUCUGGGCGACAAGGAUGCUUAAGAUACCACUUACCCUGUGUGGCACAAGUACCGCUGCAUAACACUGCUCCUUCUCGUCUCCGCCGUAAGUCAGAGCUGGUGCCAUGGGGAUUGGUACAAAUUCGCAAAAUCCGGGCUAAGUUAGAGACAAAUACUACUGGCUCUUCGUUCCUUUUUGAGUUUUCUGGGUGUCCCAGAUCUGGGCCACAUACGCCAAGACUUGCCAAGGCGACGAGUGUCCCAUUUCGGCUCAUUGACAAGCCGUCUAGCCGUGUCAGGGUUCACAUGCGAAAUCAAUUCAGCAGUGGUACUCGGAGGAACAGUAACAAUAGUAUUAGCCCGUAGGGGUCGAGACCAGAUACAAGACGUAGUAGAAGGAGAAAGAGGGAUUUCACGGACUCGGAG